AGACGCGGACUUGCGGGAUGAAAACGGACUAAAAAGAUUCGUCCUUCUCUUGAACAUCAUCACCAACCGUCAUUCAUUCAUUACCUUGACAACCUCUGGCUUUGAUUGACAGCUGGAGUGGCAAAAAGCCAUGAGACACGACAGUUUAGUUACAUGCAGGUUGUUGAUGGGCCGAUUGUAACCUUCACUUUGGCGCAUUUUUUUCUUUUUUUUUUUCCGAGGAAAGAGGGAAAACAAGAAAAAUUGCACACAAAAAAAAACAACUCCCCGAUGCCACGAUUUCAACUGAACCACACUGGCGAAUAGGAGAAUUCGCAAAGUUGGUUGAGAGAAGGGAUCCUGCCACUAAAUCACUUUCUAACCGGGACUGGGAUAUUAAAUAUACGACAGAUUCAGGAGUUUAUUGGAGCGCAGCCUGAUGGCGCAAAGGUACGAUGAGCUGGCCCAUUACGGUGGGAUGGACGGAGUCCCGGCGUCGAUGUACGGGGACCCGCACGCUCCCCGGCCGCUUCCCCAGGUCCACCACCUGAACCACGGACCGCCGCUGCACGCCAGCCAGCACUACGGAGCCCACGCUCCCCAUCCAAACGUUAUGCCCACCAGCAUGGGCUCUGCUGUCAACGACGUUUUAAAGAGGGAUAAAGAUCAAAUUUAUGGUCACCCUUUAUUCCCACUGCUCGCACUGGUUUUUGAGAAGUGCGAGUUGGCGACGUGUACUCCGAGGGAGCCCGGCGUAGCAGGCGGCGAUGUCUGCUCCUCAGACUCCUUCAAUGAGGACAUUGCAGUCUUUGCCAAACAGGUCCGAGCAGAAAAACCUUUAUUUUCAUCAAAUCCAGAGUUGGACAAUUUGAUGAUACAAGCCAUACAAGUAUUACGGUUUCACCUCUUGGAAUUAGAAAAGGUGCAUGAGCUCUGCGACAAUUUUUGCCACCGGUACAUCAGUUGUUUGAAAGGAAAAAUGCCAAUAGAUCUAGUAAUCGACGAGCGGGAUGGCAGCUCGAAAUCGGACCACGAAGAACUCUCGGGAUCGUCGACUAACCUCGCAGAUCACAACCCAGCUUCCUGGAGAGACCACGAUGACGCCACCUCCACACACUCAGCCGGCACACCAGGGCCCUCCAGCGGGGGGCACGCUUCACAGAGCGGUGACAACAGCAGUGAACAAGGAGAUGGUUUAGACAACAGCGUCGCAUCGCCUGGCACAGGGGAUGACGAUGAUCCAGACAAAGAUAAGAAGAGGCAGAAAAAGCGUGGCAUUUUCCCCAAGGUGGCCACUAACAUCAUGAGGGCGUGGCUGUUCCAACAUCUCACGCACCCAUACCCUUCUGAAGAGCAGAAGAAGCAGCUAGCCCAAGACACAGGCCUCACCAUCUUACAAGUAAACAACUGGUUCAUUAAUGCCAGGAGAAGAAUAGUACAGCCCAUGAUUGACCAGUCAAAUCGAGCAGGUUUUCUUCUUGAUCCUUCAGUGAGCCAAGGAGCAGCAUACAGUCCAGAGGGCCAGCCAAUGGGCAGCUUCGUGCUGGAUGGUCAGCAACACAUGGGGAUCCGACCAGCUGGUCUGCCAGGCGUGCCCGGGGAGUACGUACCUCAGAGCGGUCCUAUGGGCAUGAGCAUGGCCCCGCCCACCUAUACCAACCCUCAUCAGAUGACCUCUCACCCCUCCCAGCUCCGACACGGACCCCCUCUCCACGCGUACCUGCCCGAUCACCCCCACGCCCACCACCCUCAUCACCACCCUCACCAUGCCAUGCUGAUGCGCGGAGGACCCUCGUCGCACCCGGGAAUGACCAUGUCUGCACAGAGACCCCCUUUGCUCGCUCCCAUUGACCCCAGUACUGGAGGACAAGGCCUGGACAUCCAUGCCCAAUAGUAUAAGGGAACUUUGCUACUACGACAACAGCAGCUACUACAAGAAAACAGUAAAAAAAAAAAAGAAAGCAGCAGCUCACGAUAAAUCCUAUUUUGAGACUAUUUUUAAGAAUAAAAAGCGAACCCUUUUGACCAGAAUUUGACACUAAAGAAACAGAAUUCCAGAUGAGCUGUGAUAAUUCUUUUUUUUUUUUUUUUUUAACUUGUCAAUUUUGUUACUUUCAUCCAAACGGAGGACCAAGCUGACAAGAACACUUUGUAAAGUCUUGGGCUUUUGGUUAAGAUCAACAGAGGACAUUCUGACGUAUACGUGUGCAAAGAACGGACAGAUGCACAUAUUUGAAGACACACACUUUUCGCACACUCACUCACACACCAUCAUAAACACGUUCAGUACACUUUCAUGUGACGCGCUCAAACGCUUCGAAAAUAAAAUCACUCUGGAAGAUUUAAAAAAGAAACAACGGAAAGACUCCAAGAGUUAUAACUACUGUAGUAUAAAAAGUAUAGAUAAAUAAGUUAAAACUUGUGCAUUUUUUGUUGAUCACAUGGUUUAUGUUUCCUGAGCUAGUUUUAGAAUUAAAGGUUAACCUUUUUUCUCUCACACUGUGUGUGCUCCUUCCUGGAGGAGAAACUGUCUCGCAGCACAGCACUAUAAAAGAAAAAAAAAAACAAUAAGAAGAUGGAACAUCUCAAAAAGGCUCCAAACCACAGAGGGCAAUCAGGUCCUGUCCCCCAUAAGAACAGGGCAUGAUGGGAAAAGGCUGCUAAAUGACACCGGAUCUCUCCAGAAGAUUCAGUUUGAACAUUUGUCAUGCCCCUCUUUUUUUUUUUUUUUUGGUUCAUGAAUGAAUGUUGCCCUGUAGGUUUUAAAGGAAAAAAAAAGUUCUUUGUUUGAAUUGCCCAAGCACUGGAUUGUGUUGGUUUUAUACAUUUUUAUUUUAAUAUUAUUUUAUUUUUUGUACCCUGGACUCUCAUCGGUAAGAGCCUAUUGAAGGAAGCUUAAUAGUGGAAAAGCAACAUCCUACAGCGCUUCUUUAUCUGCGGAUCAGCAAUUCUUGCCAUAAGGACAAUACUGACACAAACGUUGAUUCCGUGGCACUGGAGAAGCAUUUGAUGGUUGAUGCACCAAAAAACCUAAAACUAAAAAAAAAAAAAAAAGAAAAAAAACUUAAAUUAUGAACUCAAUGCUUUUGGGGGAAAAAAGCUGAGAGAAUAUUGUAACAAACUUCGUACAGAGUUCAGUCUAUUAAUUGUUUCAUGUUAGAUAUUCUAUGUGUUUACCUCAAUUGAAAAAGAAUGUUUUUGCUAGUUUCAGAUCUGCUGUGGCAUUGAUAUUGUAUGUCCAUGAAUUCCUUCCUUUUUCAGCACGUGUUCCUCACUAGAUGAUAAGAUGCCGUCUCCCUUAAGCUUUGUCAAAAAUACAUUAAAUACUUGUAUGAGGACUGUGACGUAAUGUUUAAAAGGUGUUC